AUGGAUGCUGCGGUGGUUACCGGCGUAGCCAUCGGUGUCGGACUAUCCACUCCUCGCCGUCUCACACGUUUCUCCAAAAAAACUAACCGCCUCCAUUCCUCCGUCUUCUCCGCCACCAGCAAAUGGGCGGAGCGACUCAUUUCCGAUUUCCAAUUCCUCGGCGACACCUCUUCAUCAUCUUCCUCGUCCCCCACCGCCGUUUCUCUCACUUCUUUCCCACCUCAACUCGACUCUCCUCCCAUUGAACGCCACGUGUCACUCCCUCUCGACUUGUACAAAAUUCUCGGCGCCGAAACGCAUUUCCUCGGUGAUGGCAUUCGUAGGGCUUACGAGGCGAAAUUCUCGAAGCCUCCUCAGUAUGCUUUCAGCAACGAAGCUUUGAUUAGCCGUCGCCAAAUUCUUCAAGCCGCUUGCGAAACCCUAGCUGAUCCUGCUUCCAGACGAGAGUACAAUCAAAGCCUUGUUGAUGAUGACGAGGAUUCUUCUAUUCUCACUGACAUUCCUUUUGACAAAGUUCCUGGAGCUCUUUGUGUGUUGCAGGAAGCUGGAGAGGUGGAAUUAGUGCUUAGGAUUGGUGGGGGUUUACUAAAAGAGAGGUUGCCGAAGACGUUUAAGCAAGAUGUUGUGUUGGCUAUGGCGCUUGCUUAUGUUGAUAUUUCAAGGGAUGCCAUGGCUCUGUCCCCAUCAGAUUUCAUUGUCGCUUGUGAGAUGCUCGAGAGGGCAUUGAAGCUUUUGCAGGAAGAAGGGGCAAGCAACCUAGCACCAGAUUUACAAACACAGAUUGAUGAGACACUUGAAGAGAUAACCCCGCGUUGUGUAUUAGAACUUUUAGCCUUGCCUCUUGAUGAUGAGCAUCGAGCACGGAGAGAGGAAGCUCUUCAAGGUGUCCGCAACAUUCUGUGGGCAGUUGGAGGUGGAGGAGCAGCAGCAAUUGCUGGGAGUUUCACUCGUGAAGAUUUCAUGAACGAGGCAUUCCUGCAUAUGAAAGCAGCCGAACAGGUCGAACUUUUUGUAGCAACACCUAGUAAUAUUCCAGCCGAAAGUUUUGAGGCCUACGGGGUGGCACUUGCAUUGGUUGCGCAAGCCUUCGUAGGUAAAAAGCCACAUCUCAUCCAAGAUGCUGAUAACUUAUUCAACCAACUUCAACAAACUAAGGUAACAAAUAUCAGGAAUGCUCCCUCUCUUUAUACUCCCAUGGAGAUGGAGAAGAGAGAGGUUGAUUUUGCAUUAGAAAGGGGUCUGUGUGCACUGCUAGUUGGGGAGCUCGAUCAGUGUAGGUCAUGGUUGGGACUCGAUAGUAAAAGCUCUCCUUAUCGAAACCCAUCUAUUAUAGACUUUAUUAUGGAAAAUGCAAAGGGUGAUGAAGACAGUGAUCUUCCCGGACUAUGUAAAUUGUUGGAGACAUGGUUGAUGGAAGUGGUUUUCCCCAGGUUUAGAGAUACUAAAGACACAAGCUUUAAGCUUGGAGAUUACUAUGAUGACCCCACAGUGUUAAGCUAUCUAGAGAGGCUGGAGGGUGCUGAUAGUUCACCCCUGGCUGCUGCAGCAGCCAUAGCGAAAAUUGGAGCUGAGGCUACUGCUGUUAUAGGCCAUGUCCAUGCUAGUGCAAUAAAAGCAUUGAAGAGGGUUUUUCCUGUUAGCCCCAAUGAUAAAAUCUUGACACAUUUAGAAAAUGGUGAGAAGGAUCAUUCAAGCUUUUCUGAAAAAGGUGAUCCCCUGAUAUUUUCAGAUCGGGAUACUUCAGUCGAUGUUGAGGUUUCGGGAAUAAAAGUAAUUGGACUCGUAACUUUAGCUGGUUUGAAGUUUUUACCUGCUAGACCUAUUUUUCAAAAAGUGCCUGGUUCAGCAAUUGCAACAGAUACUAUCAAUUUAGGUCCUGUAGGAGAUGAAGAAGUAGUUGAGCAAUUACCAAAAAUGAAUGCAAGGGUUGCAGAAGCUCUAGUUCGCAAGUGGCAACAUAUCAAAUCCCAAGCUUUUGGACCUGAUCAUUGCCUAGUAAGCUUGCAAGAGGUGUUGGACGGUGAAAUGUUGAAGAUAUGGACUGAUCGAGCAGCUGAGAUUGCAGAGCUUGGUUGGUCCUAUGACUACAACUUGGAGGAUCUCAACAUAGAUAGUGUAACUAUAUCACAGAAUGGACAACGUGCAGUUGUGGAAACAACUCUGAAAGAAUCUAUACACCUCACUGCUGUAGGUCAUCCACAACAUGAUGCUUCUAACAGCAGGAUCUACACAACAAGAUAUGAAAUGUCUUAUUCAGGCUCAGGGUGGAAAAUUGUUGAAGGAGCUGUCCUUGAGUCAUAA